AUGCCUUCUGCAAAUCACGAAUAUAGUAACAUUUAUGAUUAUAGACAUCCCCUUUAUAUCGGUAACUGGCGAAGGAAUAUCGCUUACAUUGACGAAGACUUUAUCAAUGACAAUUUAGACGAACCUCAUAUGAAGAGGAGAAUUACUAUUUUAAGUCAAUAUUCAGAAAUUAAAAGUCUAUUUGGAUAUGAUAUUAUUACUGUAUAUAUUGCAAUUAUCGGAGUAAUAAUCCAGCUUACAGCGGCAUAUUUAUUUGGUCGCUGGCUAGUUAAUUGGAAUUUGACUAUGCUCACUGUUUCAUUUAUCAUUGGGGGAACUAUGACACAGAUUUACAGUGUAAUAAUUCAUGAAGCUGCACAUAGUCUCACAGCAAAAACAGAAUUCCAGAAUCGUAUCGUGGGUCUUGUCGCAAAUAUACCAUUACCAGUACCUAUAGCCAUGUCUUUUCGUCGACAUCAUUUAAAACAUCACGCUUUUCAAGGCGUAGAAGAAUUAGACCCAGAUCUACCUUCAGAGUUGGAGAAAAAAUUUGGUUGCAGCACUUUAUUUAAAUCAUUAUGGCUCUUCUUUAAUCCUAUAAUAUACCCCCUACGUAAUAUUUCCAUGUUUAAAAAUUUACAGCUAUGGGAAUAUGUAAAUUUUAUUUUUACCAUUUUGACAAACAUUAUAAUAUACUAUUAUUGUAGUUAUAGAGGGUUAUUAUAUUUAUUUAUGUCAUUAUGGUUUGGCUUUAGCGUUCAUCCAGUAGCAGCACGUUCUAUCCAGGAGCAUUACACAUUUGAUGAUGGUCAAGAAACUUAUUCUUAUUAUGGAAGUUUUAAUAAAAUAUUUAUGAAUAUUGGUUAUCAUAAUGAACAUCAUGAUUUUACAAAUAUACCGUGGACAAGGCUACCUGAACUUCAUGAAAUCGCAGUUGAAUAUUACGAAGAUCUUGCUUAUCACACGUCAUUGUUUAUGGUCCAAUGGAAUUUUGUCAUGCUAAGACAGUUUGGGCUACAAAAUCGCGUAAAGAGAAGUUUUAAGGCACAUAAAAGAGGUCGAAAAAUGCUGAGAACUUUGAAAAAGGCAUUAAUAUUAUAG